AUGGACCCAGCUCCGUCACACUUGGCUUUAGGCCUGCCUACUAGUCUCUUUCGGGGACCAAUCCAUCAUAGAACCAACUUUCAAGCUAUGAAAUACAGGCCCAACCAACUUCAACGAGAGGAGGUCAAGGAGAGGGGUGGUUCUGCGAUAGGGCGGUGGUCGGAGAGCAGGACUUAUGAGGGUGAUGGAUUAAGAAAGGCUCUUCUUCAGAAGACAGCCUGGCGUUUUUUAGUUGAUGACCAAAGCCCCCGUAAUUAUUGUAGCUGUCAAAGUGCUGAAAGCAAAAUACAAAGUGGAAGGGAGCCACUAGUGGACCUGCUCAGUCAGUUGCCUGAUGGGGUGAAUCUUGAGGCCAAGCCGCAGUACAGGUCCUUGCCUCUUCCAAUGGUCUCAGAUGUGAAAGAUAAAUGGAUUUGGAAGCUCUAUAGUCCUAUAAUUCGUUUUCUCCUCAAAGACAGCUUAUUUGGACAUGGUGAAUCAGGUGAAUACUUUCCGCCUCCAAGCUUGAUUAAAGGACUACUUCCCCCAUCACUAUCAGAGUUGAAAGCGAAAUGGAAUUUGGAAACUCGCUAUCCAUCUGAGCGUGGAACCAGACGAGAUCUCCUUUUUGACCUGUUGCCAAAGAAGAACCCGCAGCGAAAAAGAGAGUCCGAUAUCCCGGACCUGGUUGCCACCUUUUUUGGUCGAGGUGCCGCUACGUCUGCAGGAGAUGAAAAAACCUAUUCCGCCGCCGAACUGCUUUCUGUUGCUCAAUCGUCCACUUUAGAUGAAACUACUCCACUAAAUCAUAUUAUGCGGCAGAGACAGAAGGCUCAGGGAGGUGAAGAAUAUUCAUUUCUUUCCAGCUUUGGUCACAUAGGCUUAAACCGGGCUUUGAACGCAGGGCUGCGAAUAUUCGCGCUCGACAGGCGGCUACGACUAAGUAGUCCAUUCCGAUGUUCUGCUUCAUGCCCACUGCAAACUACUCCUUUCAAGUCCUACAUCCUCGAAGCUUUCCGCGCCGAGGAAGCACUUGUAGCUAACCGCUUUGCUCUUAAUAAAGAAAAAGGCGUAGGAGAGCUGGCAAGAAAAGAGAUUUCGUAUUCGUAUAUUGGUUUGUACUUCGUUCCUUGGAACGGGAAGGCAGACUGCCCCUGGAAUUUCUCAUUUGAUGUUUCUCUUGUCGAGUCAAUAGAAUUUGAGUAUACUGUUCAAGAAUUACCCGCGGAACGGUACGAGGCCAAUGAAAGACCUGGUCUUGGAUAG